UCAUUAUUUGCUCGAGACGCCCGGGGUCUGGGCUCGUGCGCGCCGCCAAGCAGCCCCGCGCCGGCCCCCUGCUCGGCUGGAUGGCCCCCGCGCCGGGCGCCCAUGGAGGAGCCCCUGCUCCCCGAGGACGAGCGCCCGCGCGGAGCGGCUGCCGCCUGGGCCAGCGGCGGCGCGCUCCCGGGCGGCUUGGGGGAGACGGCCCACGGCCCGUAUGCUGGGUGUGCGGGGACCCGGACGCCUCUGGAGGAGCCGCUGGUGGCGCCGUGCCGCUGCAGGGGCACCCUGCGCGGCGUGCACGCCAGUUGCAUCGAGGCCUGGCUCGCGGCGAGGAUCGCGUCAUCAGCUUCGGCGGCAGGCCGCUGGGGCCAUCGAGGAGAGCUGUGCGACCUUUGCGGAGCGCCCUACACCUGCGAGCAUCGGCCCGCGGACAACUGGCAGUUCCUCUGGGCGCACGCCGUGCGCUGCGGGCGAUGGCUCAGGGGCGCGUGCCUGAGCAGGCGCGCGGCGGCCUUCCUCCUCGCGGCCCUCUGGCUUGUGGGCUCUGCUGUCGGCUUCGCUGAGCCCGGGGGGCGCCAACUGACCAUCUCACUGGUUGGUAAGGCUGUGGGCUGA